AUGUCGUCGUCGCUCCUGGAGAGUUACCCACAGAUGGCAUUGAUUCCUGGCGCUGGUCUCUUUGGUCUCGCGGCGUACGCAUUUGCGACGAUUGCGCCGGUGUGGGCGUUUGGACUACUCGGCCCGCUGAUCCGCCGCGUGUGCCCCGACGGGUUUACGCUGUCCGAGUACAUCCGCCGGCGCUUUGGCUGGCCGGUCGGGGUGUUUAGUGCGCUUGUGUUCAUUGGCUUCAUGUUCUGCUUCAUGAUCGUGGAGCUGAAUACGUAUGGCCUCAUCGUGCAGACGAUUGUGCCGAGCAUGAGCAAGAUUAUCCCGCCGCUGAUCAUUGCUAUCACGACGACCAUCUACACCAUGUACGGCGGUUUUAAGGCAUCGCUAUGGACGGACAACUUUAAUGCCGUCGUCGUCGUCGUGUUCAUCAUCAUCGGCGCCGUCAUGUUCUCCGUGAAGCUUGAUCUGGACUCGGAGCGCGUGCACGACCCGCGGUUGCUCGGUGCACAUGCUUUUGGCGGUGAGCUGUGGUACAUUCUGACUGUGUCGAUCGUCUUUGCGCAGAUGUUCAACCAGGGGUUUUGGCAGCGUGCGUUCGCGUCCAAGACGAAUAUGGGCCUGUACGUGUCUGUGGCGCUCGCGUCGAUCCCGCUAUUUGCCAUCUGUUUCCUAGUGGGUAUGGCAGGACCGCUUGCAUACUGGGCGCACGUCCAGGAGCUGCCGAACGACGAGGAUGACGGCUCAAAUGCCCUCUUCAACGCGCUGCUGUACAUGCCCAAGUGGGUGCAUGGCUUGGUGUUGGUGCUCACGGGAGUGCUCUCGUCGAGCGCGUACGACACGUUCCAGUCGGCACAGAUCAGUGUGAUACAAAGUGACUUGUUUUUGGGCCGCCUGAACAUUUGGUGGUGCCGCGUGCUCCUGCUCCUGCUGAAUGUGCCAUGUGUCGUCCUGGCGCUCAUCCAGAUCGAUAUCCUGCAAGUAUUUCUCAUUGCCGAUCUGGCGGGUCUUGCGGUCAUCCCCGCCGUGUUCAUGGGUCUGAUCCCCGGCUUUGACGUAUUCAAUGGUUUCGACGUCGUUGUGGGUGGCUGUGGCGGCUUCCUGACCGUGUUCGUCUUUGGCACGAUUUACUACCAUGGCGAUGCGAUUCGUGGCGGCCAGCUGAUUGGUCUCCCAGAUGGGCUCUACGGUGUCGAUGCGGAUGCGAGUGAUUACAGUGUGAUUGGUGCAUUCCUUGCCGCGCCGGUUGGCGACCUUUGCUUUGCGCUCGCCUCGUGUGGCCUGCGCAUCCUGGUCGGCUGGGCAUAUGCGCGCUACACGAACCAGCCAUUCACCAUGCUACAAAAGCGUGAGGAGUACCGCAUGGAUAAGUACGUGCUCGACGAGGACCGCCCCGUGGGCUUCGCGCACAAGUUCACGAACCCCGAGGACGGCCACCGCCUCGAUUCUACCACGAACGAAAGCAACGAGUUCGUCUCAGCGCUGCACUCGUCGCAGCCACGCACUUUUCUCUCGCGCCUGUGGGGCCAUUCCGACAGUGCAGACGACGCCGAGCUGGACAUGCCGGCGAAGAAAGACACGUGGGAGGAAGCAGAAGAGCACGAGCACGCCGCGGAUACCGGCGUGCCGACGCUGGAAAACAAAAUCUAA